AUGGCCGAUGACGUAGUGCAUCAAAUUCCUGCCCCCUUCCUUCACGUCACCGUCACCAUCGCCGAGUUCCACGACCAGACCAGACAGGACCACCUGGGGCACCCACAAACACCAAUCUUUGCUAGCAGGGCCACGGAAGGCACGCAGGGCAGCUACGAUACCCUCAUCAUGUCAGCAAACGUCAACAAGCCGACGGAUCUCAAGCAGAAGGAGGCCGACGUCAACCGCAAGCUUCAGCUCUACGGCAUCCUCUCCGCUUUCCAGGCUGGCAAGGUUCCUUCGAAUGACCAAAUCGAUGUUGCCCUGAACAGUUUCCUGGCCUCCAAGGCUCUCUCAAACCCUCCCGAGAAGCUCUCCCCCGAAGGCCGCGCACUGAUUGCCGAUGCGCGCGAAGUUGUCAUCCAAGCCAAGAACCUUCUGUUGUCCAAGAACCAGGGCAACCUGAUUCAAGACUUCAUCUGGCAGACUGAGCAAUUCGACCCCAAGGCUGUGGACGUUCCUGGCGCUCCCGUCAACAAGGAGGUCGCUCAGCAGCAUGGCGACAAGGCGCUAGAGGGUCUGCGGACCCUUGGAACUUUGCUCAUCACCAACGGACAGUUCCGCAAGCUUCUCAAGGAUGCCACCGUCCUUAUCCGGGACAUGGCUGGCGAUGCCGCUACCAACGCUGCCCAGCGUGUCCGUCCCUCCGGCGAAGCCCUUCAGGACAUUGACCGCCCUGCUGAGGACAACACUUGGCACGAUGCCCCCGACUUUUCCAAGGAGAACUUCAAGAAGCAGGCUCAGGGUGUCUACAAGGGCUCUCCUGCCGAUGAUGCUCGGGAGGUCCUUGCUGCAGGCACUCAGGCCGCUCACCCCAACGGAUCGCAGAACCCCCAUGACCUGGCCGCGACUGCCGCUCGCGAUCAGCAGCAAGGUACCAACUCGGGUGUGAAUGCCCAGGGCGGCAUCAACGCUGCCCGCGAUGUCAUUCAGAAGAAGUACAACGAGAACGUCGAUGGCGAGACCAAGGAGCAGGCACGUCAGCGCAAGGAGGAGUACCUUCGUCGUUCCAAGGAGUACUUCAACAAGAAGAUGCCCCAGGAGCGCAAGGACCAGACCAUCUGGCGUUUGAAGAAGAUGGUGCUUGAGUGUCAGCAGCACCCCGAUUAUUCCCAGGCCAUUGAGACUCUUCUCAACCUCGCCGAGGAGUACGCCGGGCACUCCCGCACUUUGGCACAGGGUGGAACUGGUACCGUCAAGGACACCCGUGCCGGUCUCGCUCAGGCCGAGUCUGAUCUCAAGACGCUGAUCGAGCGCUUCGCCAACGGCACCUCGACCGAAGACUUCUUCGAGUCGAUCAACCAGAUCUACCGCGAUGCUGACAACGAUCGUGAGCUGAAGGACUGGUUCAAGGCUAUGGACCGCUACGUCCGCCGCUGCCUUCUCGAGCAGGGAUACAUUCUGGACGAGGACUCCAACCAGGAAUGGAACCACUUGUACGACCAUGGUCGUUACUUGCUUCGCGAGAAAUACCGCGCUCACACCGACCGUGUCUUUGACGAGAUCAAGUUCUUGAUUGACCAGUUUGAUCAGGACCCUCUCAACAAGCGCUUCGGCUUGGCCGUCCAGAAGCUCUUCACCGAUCUGGGCAAUGACGAGAACGGCAAGCCUACCUUUAAGCCUCACUUGCUGAAGGAUCUCUCGGAGGUCAUCAUUCCCGGCAUCUUUGAGAACGUUGCCUAUAUCCCGGUCCCGCGCCUCGAGUACAGCGACCCUCAGUUCGAUGCUGUCAUUGAGAACCUUGUCCUCGAGUCUGACAACUUCAUGCCUAACGUUCUCGAGAUUAACAGCGAGAACUACUUCCUUUGGGGACGCAAGAAGAUCGCCAACAAGCACAAGCAAUCCUUUGAGGUGAAGGUUGCUGGUGUCCAGCUUGAUCUUCGCGACGUCAGCUACCACGUCAAGCGCAAGCAGGGCUUCCCAUCUAUCACCGACACUGGUGUCGCCGAUAUUCUUCUCGCUGGCGAUGGCUUCUCUUUCAAGAUGAAGCUCUCCUCUGCCGAUAAGAAUGACAGACAGAACUUCUUCAAGGUUGACAAGGUUGAUGUUGACAUCAAGCACAUGAGCAUCAAGCUGAAGCAGUCUAAGCACAAGCUUCUAUUUGGUCUCUUCAAGCCCAUCAUGCUCAAGGUCCUUCGCCCUGCUCUUCAGAAGGCUGUCGAGAAGGCCAUCAAGGACCAGGCCACUCAGCUCGACAGCAUCAUGUACCAGGUCAAGCAGGAAGCUGAUCGUGCCCUUGAUGAGGCUCGCUCUAACCCCGAGAACACUCCCAAUAUCUACAACCGGUAUGCCACCGCUAUGCAGAAGCGCGCUCUCCAGGCCAAGCAGAAGGCGGACGAGGUUACUGCCGACAAGAAGGUCAACUACGCCAUUACCAAGGAGGAUUCCAUCUUCCCCAACAUUCACCUGCCUGGAGGUAUCAGCUCCAAGGCCACUGAGUACAAGGAGCUGGCUCGUAAGGGUGAGCGUUGGGAGAGCCCUGUCUUCGCCAUUGGUAAGGCAAACAAGUCUACCGACAUCCCCGAUGCUCCUCGCAUCGAGCGCAAGAAGCAUGGCCUUCCCACCCAGCAGGGCCAGUAUGCUCCUCACGCUCCCGGCCAGGUCAACGGUGGUGACUUGAACACCAUCCCCACUUCCGACUACCCGACUUCCGGUUACCCUACCUCCAGCUAUGACGCCCACCCCAACGGCGGUCUUAACGGCACCGUCAACACUCUUUCAACCCCUGCUCACGUCAGUGGAUACUAA